CCCCCUCCCCUCCCCUUCAAAACUCCCCACCCGGCCACCGCACCACACCCAGCUUCUUCCGGCCUCCGCACCUCACCGCCAGUAACCCACAGCACUCCCCAGCUGGGUGUCCGGCUCCGGCCGUUCAUGCGCUGAUCGACCGCCCGAAACCGCGCGCGCGCGAGCCAACUCCGACCAAGAAAGCCCCAGCGGCCGGCGGCCGUCCAGGAGGGGGGGAGCCACCAUGCACUCCCAGAACCACUGGGGCGGGGCGUUCGAUAUCGACGGCGCGGAGGACGACCAGAGCCGCAACAUGGACAUCGACCGCGGCGCGCUGCAGCACCAGCACCAGCUGGACGAGACGCAGCAGAGCUGGCUGCUCGGCCCGCCGGAGGCCAAGAAGAAGGACCGCUACGUCGACCUCGGCUGCGUCGUCGUCAAGCGCAAGCUCCUCUGGUGGAUGCUCUGGGCCGUCCUCGGCGCCUUCGUCCUCAUCGGCCUCCCCAUCAUCAUCGCCAAGAACAUCCCCAAGAAGAAGCCCCACGCCCCGCCCCCCGACAAGUACACCGACGCCCUCCACAAGGCCCUCCUCUUCUUCAACGCCCAGAAAUCCGGCAAGCUUCCUAAGAACAACGGCAUCCCGUGGCGCGGGAACUCGGGGAUGAAGGACGGCGCGGACCUGCCGGACGUGAAGGGCGGCCUGGUGGGCGGGUACUACGACGCCGGCGACAACAUCAAGUUCCACUUCCCGAUGGCCUUCUCCAUGACGCUGCUGAGCUGGUCGGUGGUGGAGUACGCCGACAGGUACAAGGCGAUCGGGGAGUACGACCACGUGAGGGAGCUCAUCAAGUGGGGAACCGACUACCUGCUGCUCACCUUCAACUCCUCCGCCUCCACCAUCAACAAGCUCUACAGUCAGGUGGGUACUGCCAAGAUCAACGGCAGCACGCCGGACGACCACUACUGCUGGAACCGGCCGGAGGACAUGGCGUACCCGCGGCCGGUGCAGCAGGCGAGCGCGGCGCCGGACCUGGGCGGCGAGGUGGCGGCGGCGCUGGCCUCCGCCUCCAUCGUGUUCCGCGACAACCCGGCCUACUCCAAGAAGCUGGUGAGGGGCGCGGCGACGGUGUACAAGUUCGCGCGCGCCAACGGGAAGCGCACCCCCUACUCGCGGGGCAACCCGGCCAUCGAGUACUACUACAACUCCACCAGCUACUGGGACGAGUUCAUGUGGAGCGCCUCCUGGAUGUACUACGCCACCGGCAACAACAGCUACAUCAGCUUCGCCACCGACCCGCGUCUCCCCAAGAACGCCAAGGCCUUCUUCAACAUCCUCGACUUCUCCGUCUUCAGCUGGGACAACAAGCUCCCCGGCGCCACGCUGCUGCUCUCGCGCCUCCGCAUGUUCCUCAACCCCGGCUACCCCUACGAGGAGUCGCUCAUGGGAUACCACAACGUCACCAGCAUGAACAUGUGCAUGUAUUUUCCCAAGUUCAAUGCGUUUAACUUCACCAAGGGCGGCCUCGCGCAGUUCAACCACGGCCAGGGCCAGGCGCUGCAGUACGCCGUCGCCAACUCCUUCCUCGCCGCGCUCUACGCCGACUACAUGGAGUCCGUCAACGUCCCCGGCUGGUACUGCGGCCCCAACUUCAUGACCGUCGACGACCUCCGCUCCUUCGCCAAAUCCCAGCUGAACUACAUUCUUGGGGACAACCCGAUGAAGAUGAGCUACGUGGUGGGGUACGGCAAGAAGUACCCGAAGCGGCUGCACCACCGCGGGGCGUCCACGCCCAAGAACGGGAUCAAGUACUCGUGCACCGGCGGCAACAAGUGGCGCGACUCCAAGAAGGCCGACCCUCACGUGCUCGUCGGCGCCAUGGUCGGCGGCCCGGACAAGAACGACAAGUUCAAGGACGCGAGGAUCAGCUACGCGCAGAACGAGCCCACGCUGGUCGGCAACGCCGGGCUCGUCGCCGCGCUCGUCGCCAUCACCAACAGCGGCCGCGGCACGGGCGUCGGCGCCGUCGACAAGAACACCAUGUUCUCCGCCGUGCCGCCCAUGUUCCCCGCCGCCCCGCCGCCGCCGGCCACGUGGAAGCCGUGAGGAGAGCUCUGCCCGGCCGGCCGGUUUUUACGCCGGCGUUGAGCAGAUCGAUCAGGUUCGGUUGGUAGUGCAAUUUUCUGGCCAUCAUGUAAAAUUCUUUUGUAUUAUACGUACACACGUUAACCGUGGCGCGCGAUACGACGGUGGCAUGCCUCACGCAUGGCCUGUACUACUGUAGAUGUUUCUUGUGCACAAUUUGGGUAUGGACAAUUAAUGGAUACUUGUUGAUUCCCAGAGAAGAACUAAUGGAGUAAGUGUUCACAGUA